UAAAAAAAUAUGGUAAACUGCUGAAUUUUGGCGAUGAAGUAGUUAAUCAUCAAUUCUUUAGGGGGCUAUCUCCAGACAAUCAACUUGAAGUGGAACGAAUUGGGGCUGAAAAAACUGUAAGUGAAUUAGUUAAAAAUUUAGAAAAAGUUGAAAAACGAAAAUCUGAAAUGAGAUUGGGCCUAUCCAAGAGAACAGGAGAUACUGACCAUCAAGCUCAAAUACAGCCUACAUCAGCAGGAUCAAAUAAGCCAAGUCAUUCUGGAUUUUCACCAGAAGAUGUGGAUAGAAUGAUCAAAAGUGCUACUGAAAAAAUUACGCGAAAUUUUCAGAUACAGAUUCAGGAAUUACAAGCAAAAAUUCCAAAAGUUCCGUAUCAAAAUAAUGAUUUGCGAAUAGCCCGAGAAUCUGCAAGAAAUACUACCAAUGAAAUUCUUAAUAAGUUUGCAACUUCAAGUGACGAAUCGAUAAAAGAUUAUCCUGCUAUCCCAGAUUUUAUUAAUUUUAGAGAUGAAAGCGGACAAAGUAUUUUUCAACAAGUUGGAGGUUCUUUGAGGAAGCAGGAUCAAUAUAUAAAGCCAAGCUCCGACACUGAGAAAAUGGUAUCUAGAAUUGUUGAACGGAUUGAACAACAGAAGCUUGAUAAGGAAAUUGAGGGUCUCAUCUCUAAAAUUAAUAAUUUUCGUAUCAAUGAUCCUGAUUCUAUGGAUACUUCUAAUUUGAUACGUGGUAAAAAGGAAUUGCAAACCAAGGGGUCAUCAAUUGAUACUGCGAGUUUGAGAAAAAUUAUUCAUGAAUUAAUUAUAGAGGAAUUGACUCGUUUGGGAUUAACUAAGAAAACUACAAGCAAAGAAAUUCAGAAGUUUAGUGAAGCUUAUUCUGAUGAUUCUAUGGAUAUUGAUCUUUUGCGCCUAGAUAAUAAAAAAGAUUUAGCAUCCGUUGAAGGUGUAGUAGAGGGAAAAUUAAAACUCCCAAUUCUUAUAGAUUCAUGUUGCAAUAAGUCUGUUAUGCCUGAAGAGAUUUAUAAAGAACUUGGAUUAAUACUUGAUACAAAUAAAAUUUGCAAACUUUUUGGAGCAUCAACUAACACUAAAUCAUUAGGUACAGUUAAAAACGUCAAAAUAACUUUGGCACCAGGAUGUACUAUAACAGAUGAUUUUGCUGUAAUUGCAAACUAUCCAUAUCAUGAGCUUAUUUUGAACCGACCUCGUCUUAGAGAAUAUAAUUAUGAUUUACUUGAAUCUAGAAAGCAUAUGGCCAUUACUUGUGAUGGAAAAGAUUUCUUUAUCCCUAUAAUUCCAGCAAGAGAUGAGCACAAAAAAACGAAUUCACCAGUUUUGGAAGCAUUAAAUCAUUAG